GGUGCGUGCUUGUAGUCCCAGCUGCUAGGGAGGCUGAGAUGGGAGGAAGGCUUGAGCCCAGGAGAUCAAGGCUGUGUUGAGCCAUGAUUGUACCACUGCACUCCAGCAGUGACAAAGCAAGGCCCCAUCUCAAAUAAAUAAAAAGAACAACUACUCUCCACACCUGGUGUGAAAUUUUCUGUGAUUAUUCAGCCCUUGAAGCAACUUUAAGGUACAGUGACUGCCAUAUUAUAAACUAUCUCCCAAGAAGGGCGUACUCUCCAAUGUACAUUCAGAGUAGUGACUGAGUUUUCUAGCAGGUAUGAAUGGUGGUACUGUCAACUGAAUAUGGAAGUAGAUCUACUAUGGCUGAUUAGUUGGCAGUAUACACCAUGUAUCAAUGUUAACAUGUCCAAAGCUUGAGGAUUCUAUGGAACAUAUAGGCAGACAUAUCUAGUGUAUAGUUAGAAAUUUAGGUAUGAAAAUCUAUAAGGUAGGAGCUGAAAGUAAGAGUGUUGGGACUCUUCAGUACGUAAAUCCAUGUUUGAAACUAUGGAAGUGGAAAAACUCUUUAGGAAUAUUAUUUAGAUUGAAACAGGAAAGAGAAGGAUAAAGCCAUCGAGGAAUACUAGCAUUUAAGAAAGAAAGAACUAGUGAGCAAGUAAUGAUAAUUACAAGGCAAUAUGAGACACCAAACAUGAUGUCAAAGAAGCCAAGAGGGGAAACAUACCCAAAAAAUAAAUGAACUGGGCAGAGGGGCUCACGCCUGUAAUCCCAACUACUUGGGAGGCUAAGGCAGGAGGAUAGCCUGAGCCCCAGGAGUUGGAGGCUGCAGUAAGCAGUAAUUGAGCCACUGUACUCCAGCCUGGGCAACAGAGUGAGACCCCAUCUCUAAAAAAAGAAACAAAAAGUAGAUGAUUUCACAGUUAAACAAUGAGAGCUUUUUCAAUAAAAUCAAGAGACGAGGAUAUCAGUACUAUGGUUUUUAGUCACUAUUGUGUUUGCUAACUUCUGUUCUUCUUACAGGUUUCAGUCUACAUGUUACUUCCUUGAGAAGCAGUGUUUGACACCCUUCUCCCCCCAUCCAGCCAUCCCCCAAGUCUGAUUUCUGCCACUGCCUUCUACAAAGCACAACCUGUAAUUCAGUUCAUGUGUGAAGUUCUUGAUAUUCAUAAUAUUGAUGAGCAACCAAGACCUCUGACUGAUUCUCAUCGGGUAAAAUUCACCAAAGAGAUAAAAGGUUUGAAGGUUGAAGUGACUCAUUGUGGAACAAUGAGACGGAAAUACCGUGUUUGUAAUGUAACAAGGAGGCCUGCCAGUCAUCAAACCUUUCCUUUACAGUUAGAAAAUGGCCAAACUGUGGAGAGAACAGUAGCGCAGUAUUUCAGAGAAAAGUAUACUCUUCAGCUGAAGUACCCGCACCUUCCCUGCCUGCAAGUCGGGCAGGAGCAGAAACACACCUACCUGCCGCUAGAAGUCUGUAAUAUUGUGGCAGGGCAACGAUGUAUCAAGAAGCUAACAGACAAUCAGACUUCCACUAUGAUCAAGGCAACAGCAAGAUCUGCACCAGAUAGACAAGAGGAAAUUAGCAGAUUGGUAAGAAGUGCAAAUUAUGAAACGGAUCCAUUUGUUCAGGAGUUUCAAUUUAAAGUUCGGGAUGAAAUGGCUCAUGUAACUGGACGCGUACUUCCAGCACCUAUGCUCCAGUAUGGAGGACGGAAUCGGACAGUAGCAACACCAAGCCACGGAGUAUGGGAUAUGCGAGGGAAACAAUUCCACACAGGAGUUGAAAUCAAAAUGUGGGCUAUCGCGUGUUUUGCCACACAGAGGCAGUGCAGAGAAGAAAUAUUGAAGGGUUUCACAGACCAGCUGCGUAAGAUUUCUAAGGAUGCAGGGAUGCCCAUCCAGGGCCAGCCAUGCUUCUGCAAAUAUGCACAGGGGGCAGACAGCGUAGAGCCCAUGUUCCGGCAUCUCAAGAACACAUAUUCUGGCCUACAGCUUAUUAUCGUCAUCCUGCCAGGGAAGACACCAGUGUAUGCGGAAGUGAAACGUGUAGGAGACACACUUUUGGGUAUGGCCACACAAUGUGUUCAAGUCAAGAAUGUAAUAAAAACAUCUCCUCAAACUCUCUCAAACUUGUGCCUAAAGAUAAAUGUUAAACUCGGAGGAAUCAAUAAUAUUCUUGUACCUCAUCAAAGACCUUCUGUGUUCCAGCAACCAGUGAUCUUUUUGGGAGCCGAUGUCACUCAUCCACCUGCUGGUGAUGGAAAGAAGCCUUCUAUUGCUGCUGUUGUAGGUAGUAUGGAUGCCCACCCAAGCAGAUACUGUGCCACAGUAAGAGUUCAGAGACCCCGACAGGAGAUCAUCCAGGACUUGGCCUCCAUGGUCCGGGAACUUCUUAUUCAAUUUUAUAAGUCAACUCGGUUCAAGCCUACUCGUAUCAUCUUUUAUCGGGAUGGUGUUUCAGAGGGGCAGUUUAGGCAGGUAUUAUAUUAUGAACUACUGGCAAUUCGAGAAGCCUGCAUCAGUUUGGAGAAAGACUAUCAACCUGGAAUAACCUACAUUGUAGUUCAGAAGAGACACCACACUCGAUUAUUUUGUGCUGAUAGGACAGAAAGGGUUGGAAGAAGUGGCAAUAUCCCAGCUGGAACAACAGUUGAUACAGACAUUACACACCCAUAUGAGUUUGAUUUUUACCUCUGUAGCCAUGCUGGAAUACAGGGUACCAGUCGUCCUUCACACUAUCAUGUUUUAUGGGAUGAUAACUGCUUCACUGCAGAUGAACUUCAGCUGCUAACUUACCAGCUCUGCCAUACUUACGUACGCUGUACACGAUCUGUUUCUAUACCUGCACCAGCGUAUUACGCUCACCUGGUAGCAUUUAGAGCCAGAUAUCAUCUUGUGGACAAAGAACAUGACAGUGCUGAAGGAAGUCACGUUUCAGGACAGAGCAAUGGGCGAGAUCCACAAGCUCUUGCCAAGGCUGUACAGAUUCACCAAGAUACCUUACGCACAAUGUACUUUGCUUAAAUAGUCCAAGUAUAUUAUCUGAGAGGAAGUACUGAAAGAUGAAUUGACAUACAACGUAUGUUUCCAGUGGAGUCAAUUGAGUAAGGACACCUCCAGCCAUACAGAAACCAACACUGUGUGGGGGCCAAGGUCUGAUCCUUAUGUUAACACAAGGAAGAUUGUUUACUUCAUCAAGGAACACAGCAUCAUUAUGCAAUAUGAAACCAGCCAACUGCUUUUUGUGCGGUCUCCUGUAGGAAGUAUCGCAAUUGUUUUGUUUUCAUUUCUUGUAGUCUAACCCUUUUAAUGCCUUUACCUCAAGUUGCUUAGCAGCACAACUAUCUUUGCAAAAAAAAGUAUCGAAAAAGUAAAUGAUGGUUUAAAAAAUAUACACCUUCAUGAAUAAUCAAAGUGAUUUUUCAAAAUUAUAUGUGCAAAAAAUUAAUGUGCAUUCAUAUAUUCUUGUAAAAGGUGUCUGUAUUUUUAAAAUAUAUACAUCCAUACUUCAUAUGCAUAUAUAUCUGGAUCUGGAUUGAUAAUAGAUAUAUAUGUGUCUGUGUAUAUAUUUUAGAAUUCAUUCCAUUUGGGGAACUUCCUUUCCCUUUUAUUCUGCUACCACUACCGCUUUUAUUUCUCUUUUUCCCUUGCCUUCAUCACCUACAUUUUUUCCCUAAUCCUACCAGUGACAUUCAAAUAUUCACGUACCUGGUUCGUUUGAAUGUAAAAUAUGGCAAACUA